AUGAUAACAACACCAAUUUCUCCUGCACACAUUUUGAAGGGUUCUCCCUCACCAACAUCAUCAACAUCAGGAACGGGUGGAAAGAAAACCUCUCGACCUCCUAAAGGAUCAAAACAAUUAUCAUCUCCUAUUUCCAAUCAAUCUUCCUCCACCACUUCAUCAAUACCACCAAUGACGCCCAAUGAUCAACUCCCACAGCAACACGUACCUUCUUUUAAAGGUCCUGUGAUACCUCCUCCAACACAUUUUCCUUACUUUCCAAUGAAUCCAAUGGCUAUGCCUAAUGUUCCCAUGAUGUAUGCUCCAAUUAAUACGAUGCACAUGAUUCCUACCACCACACCAAUGUUUGGCAUGUUUCCACAGCCUGUAAUGCCAAAUAUUCCUCCUCCAACAACUCCCCAUAAUACUUCUUUUCAUAAGGUUCCGACUCCAAUUCAACCAAAGCCUAGUACAAGCCCUCCAUCAUCAACCCAAUCCACCAUCACCACCACACAGUCUUCUAAAACAAAACCAAAGAAGAAAAAGAGACCACCAACAAGUAAUAGGAAUGUGAACACUGCUGAUAAUAGUAAUAAUACAUCACCAGUAGUUAUUUCUAGUAAUAUAUCGAAAACGGCCGAAACAACAAGCAAUCAAAAAAGAAAAGAACCUCCAACAACUAGUCGUUCAGUUCAUCAGCAUAUAAUUUCAUAUUUGUGGGAAUUGGGACUCAGGGAUAGUGCUAAAAUUUUGGAAAAUGACCUCAAUAAUCCUCUUUUGUUGAAUGCUUCAGAAGAUCGUGUAAGCUCUUUUGUGAAUAAUUUGAGUAAUGAAGUUGAGCGUCACUCACACACAAUACCCCCUUCCAAUAAGAAAAUUUCCACCAACGAAAAAUCUUCCAGUAGUAAUUUUACAACAACCGAUGAAACAUCAAUAAUUAAUUCAAACGAAAAUGAUAGUUUUAUGAGUGAAUCAAAUAAUUCAACAAUGGACAAGUACAACUCUGAAAAUUAUCUCAACAUUCUCAAACAAACCACCAAAUCUGAGAGCUACAACAAACCAACUGCUGAGUAUGUCAAUGAAAGAUUGGAAAACUUGGAACAAACACUAGGCGUAAAGGAACAAAAAGUGCAAGUAUUUGCCAGAAUGAAAGAAGUGGAAGAAAGAAUGCUCAAAUUGGAUGUUAACAAUAAUGAGAUAGCACAACAGCAACCGUUACUUGGCAGUUCUGGUACUGCUGCUAAUGAUAAUGUGCAUGAUGACAACUUCUUUGAUAGCUUUUUUGAAGAUGACACAGAUAACCACCAAAUGUCUGAAUCACAUUUUCAAUUAGAUAAUACAGACUGUUAA